AUGUCCGGCUACGACUACAACCAGCAGCAGGGCGGCUACGGCCAGCAGUCUUAUGGCGGCCAGCAGGGCGGCUACGGUCAGCAGCAACAAGGCUACGGCCAGCAGCAGGGCUAUGGCCAGGACCAGUAUAACAACCAAGGACAGCAGUACCAGCAGGGCGGCUACGGUCAACAGCAGGGUGGCUACGACCAGAGUGGCUACAACCACCAGCAGCAGUCCUAUGGACAGCAGGGCCAGGACUACAACCAAGGCCAACAACAGCAUGGUUACGGCGGCCAGCCUCAGUACGGUCAAGAACAGGGUGCUCCAGGCGGCGCUCAGGAGGGUGAGCGUGGAAUCGGAGGUGCUCUUGCUGGCGCUGCCUCUGGUGGCUUCCUCGGAAGCAAAGCCAACCACGGCAUCCUAGGAGCCAUCGGAGGAGCCAUCGCCGGCCACUUUGCCGAAGAGAAGCUCAAGAAGCACGGAGAUGGCCACAACGGAGGCGGUCAUGGAGGCAGCCAUGGCGGCGGAAACCCUCUUGGUUCCAUGUUCGGCGGCAAGCACUAA